CCGAGUGCAGUCAGCUCUGUGAGUGGAAAGCAAAAGAAAGGAGACAGGUUCAUACUGAGGGAUGAGCAAGCUAUUGCCUUCAAACGCCAACGUGGAACAUGCAUGAAGAGGUAUUUUUUGGAAAAGCUGCAGAACUAGAACGCCCCUAAAAAAUACUCCAAUGAUUUUUAGAAAGUAACAUGAUUUUUAAAAAGUGAAAUUUUUAGAAAACAAAAUGAAUUUAAUUACCGAGUCACUAAUUGCAAUUAAGAAUCCAUCUGUUACAGACUGUAUUGAUGUAUUUUUCCAGUGCAAGAAAUAGAAUUUAUGAAACACAAAUGAUUAGAAGUAUAGGCUGGAUUUAGAAAGGAAGUCUGAAUAGAAUAGAUUCUUUUCCAUGGAAAACAAUAUUUGACUUUAAAUUUGGUUAUUAUACUAUGAAAGAAUUCCACCUAUAUAAAACAAAAUUUAAGAUAAGUUGUAUUUUUCAUUACAAAAGUGCUUUUUAAUUUAUAAAAAGAUUAAGUCAGACUGCAUCCCAUUAUAAGCAUUAAUAAAUUGCUUAUUUUAAGAAUUAUGCUUAGAAAAAAUGUGUGUGUCCAUACCUUUCUAGGAACAUAACUACCAGAAAAGCAAAUGAUUUUCUAACAGACAUUUAGAGCAUUAGGAGGUGUUACGUUUAGAGCUUGGACAUUCUUAUUGGCGAUUACCCAUCUUAAGAUUCAACAGCACACAGACUCUCUGGGAAGUUCAUGUCUUCCUCUGGAAUUUGGUUUGGCCUCCUUUCCUUAUCCUCAGGAAGGAAGGCCAGGCCUGGAUUUCUGGGUAACAGGAAUACUCCUGUUCUGGGUUACCUGGGGACCCCUCAGUUCCUGGGUUCAAAUCUUCUCUCAGCCCAUUUUUAGCUUUGAGACCUUUAGCUUUUCUGUGCCCCGGUUUCUUCAUUGGUAAUUUGGGGAUCAUAAUCUCUUCUUCAUAGGUUUGCUGAAGGAUUAAAUCAAUUUAUGUCAAGUUUUAGAACAGUUUAUGGCUGGUUCCUAGCAGAUCCUCAGUAAGAUAUGAGUAAUAAUUAGAUUACUGACAUGACAAAGCUCUCACUUUUUCCAAAGAACUGGCAUAAAGGGAGACUUAGUUUUGCAAUGCCUUUUUAGUACCUAAGCUCAGUUUUCCCAAUAGAGCAAAUAACUUUCAGUGAAUAGUCAAAAUUAUUUAGAUAGCGUAUCCUCUCCUCAAUGCCCCAGGGUCAGUUGUUCAAAAACAAAAUCAAAAGACAAAGGGGACAAAAAUCCUGGCAAGGGGACACGUUUUGAGAAUUGUUUUAAAGCAGUCAUUGUAUUCAGGUGGCCUGGCUGGCUGCUGUAAACACCCAGACAUGUAGGGAGGAAAUCAGAACCAUUGUGGGUCCCUAAAAUGGAUGUCUUUUCAAUUAAACAGAUUGCUAUCAGCCUGACAGAGGGGACUCCUGUUCCUUUUUGCCCGGUCAUUUCCUUUACUGAGUGCCUGUAAGAACCACCCACUCGGGUGUUUCUCAGGAUUAUAGGUUUUUAGGUCACACAGAAACCCUGCGGAGUGCCUGAAAAAGCCAAACGCAGGAUCACAUUCUGCACGAGCUGGAUGACAUUACCCACUGUGUUGCUGAGGCCCCCGGCAACCAGCAGCGCAGGUCAAGAGCUCUGCUCUGAAGCAGCUGAAGGUCUCCUUGGUGGGCUUAAGGCUCCACAUGAGAACUGCCCGCUCCUUCAUUUCCAAAGCUUCAACGGAGGGCUCUCAUACUCACUUCCUUCGUCAUCCUUGGGCAGUCCGGAAUGGACGGGACACGAGAGCCUCUGGUCAUGACUGUCCACCUCCUUGCCAACUCUGGGCAUGGCUCACUUUUGCAGCAAACCCUGGACCAGCUCCUGGACUGUAUUUGCCCAGAGGUCCGUCUCUUUCUGGUGUCAGAGAGGGUCAGUCCACUGAAAUACGACGACAAGUGCCACUCCAGGCGGUCACGGUUCCCGGGGAUGUCUGUUUUGCUCUUCCUGCAUGAAGGCCUUGGAGAGGAGAGGCUGUUCCGCGUUCUUGACUCCCUUCGGCACUGGCCAUGGCAGUGCCACCCUGCAGGGAACCUGCAGGGACGACCGUGUCCCUACAUGCUUGCCAGUCAGGAGUUCUACAGUCUGGACAGCCAGAUGCCCGUCUGGGGUGUGCGGCAGGCGCCCAGUGGCACUGAGAUCCUGAGAGUGACGCUCUACUGCAGUUUUGAUAACUACGAGGAUGCCAUCAGACUCUAUGAGAUGAUCCUGCAGAGGGAUGCCACCCUGCAGAAGAGCAACUUCUGUUUCUUUGUGCUCUAUGCCACUGAGAGCUUUGCUCUGCAGCUCUCCCUGAAGCAGCUGCCCCUUGGGAUGUCGGUGGACCCCAAAGAGUCGUCGGUGCUACAGUUCAAGGUUCAGGAGAUCGGCCAGUUAGUGCCUCUUCUGCCUCACCCGUGUAUCCCCAUCAGCCACACCAGGUGGCAAACACAGGACUAUGAUGGCAACAAGAUUUUGCUUCAGGUCCAGGUGAAUCCAGGGCUUGGUGUUAGGAAUGGGGAGCUUUCCUUUCUGAAUGGCAGCUUGGGAGCUGACACACUACGCCAGGGCUCCAGGCUGACCCCUGCCUCUGUGAGCAGGACCCUACAGCCAAGAUGCCGAAGGAGCUGGGCCAGGAGGUUCAAGGCGGCUUCCCUGGAGUGCUCUGAGCCUGGCAAAGGUGCAGUAUCAGACAGUGCCAGUGGUGCUUCAUGGAAAAGCCCUCGCUGCUCGUCCCAGGGCAGCAGAGCAGCCCUGGACUCCCAGCUGCACCUUCCUUCUCCCCACCUGCAACCUGGGACCAGGGUAACGGUCCUCAGCCAGAGCAACAGCUUUGAGAGGAUGGAGGCAGAGACGAAUGUUGACACAGGGUUCACAGUGGUCAAUUCUGAACCCAGGCAACCUUUUCUAAGCCGAUUUCCAAGAGAUCUGGGGACCAGCCAGCUACCAUCCUGCUUGCCAGCCUCCUCCUUGGGGGCAGCUGCCUCCAAAAACAGUAUCUUUAAGAAAGCAGUCUAUCCUUUGCCACUUGCAGGCCAAAGAAACCUUGGCACAAGGAAGAUAAUCUCAAAAUGUCCCCUUCAUUUGCCAAUCCAGGGUGAAGAUACAGAAGGAGAAGAAUUCUUUAUAUAGCAUAAAACAAACGUGGUUUUCUCAAACCCAAGGUCAGAUACAAUGUUCUAGAAACGGAGCACUGACCUCGAAUCAGCCUGUCUUUUGUUCAUCUGAGGGACCUGAAAGCUAGCCAUGUGCAGAUCUGUGUUGCUUUUAUUUCAGAUGUUCGAAGUCUAACAGUGCUGCGAGUGUUUGUUUAUUUGCCAUCGUGGUCAUAAGGGAACACAGCCAACCCGCAGGAGAAAAGCCCUGCGCUUCAUAUCCCUGGAGACACACUAACCCAGCAGGGCGUGUUGAGUUCAGCACCUAUCAGGAUAAUUGCAUUGUAGGCAAAUGCGUUGGAUGUGUUAUGCAACCGCUGAUUAGUGUAUGUAAUUUCGUUUUAAUUUUCACUUGGGUUGCCUAGCUCAUCCCCCUGGACAGCGUGGACUAUUUAUUCUUUAGCAUUUUUUAAUUUUUAUGUGACCUCCUUUGGUAACUAGGCCCUGUUCACCACAUACCCUCUAGUGAUUUUGCCUUUAAAGUUGUUUGCAAAUGAAAUGAGUUAACAUGCAAAGUGUUUUGAAAAUUACAAACUAAUUUUUUUUUUCUCUGUUUAAUGAGCAGAAACACCGGAAGCCAAGAAAUCAGGUUUGAAAUGAAAGCGAAGCUGUAGGGCUUUCCUGAUCCUCCGCUUCUCAUUUGUUUCUACACUACUCCAGAGGGGCCCGUGGUUGUGUUAUUAACCAGAAAGGAAUGUGACAUGAUUGGGUGAUGUGAGCGCUCCACUCAGCAUGACAGGAAGAUCAGAUCGGUUGGGUCACUGGAGCAGGAGUAAAGUUCUUCUGGCCAUGUCUGAAUUCCUCAAUUUCUUUGUGAUGCUCAUUUAUUCAUACAAUCAUUCAUUCAACAAAUUUUUAUUGAGCACCUGCUUAGAAUAAUACAUCAACAUGAGGCGCACACCUUCUGUGAACAUCAAACCCAUAACUAUUUAUGGCUUUAUCAGCAUGAUAAGUCCAUUCUAUGAACUCCUAAGAAUAUGUUGAAGCCCCAACCUAUUCCUCUGGGAAUUUCUUCCAUAAAUGAUUCCCACACCUGCUGUACAAAGCUGUAGCAAGCAUUGACGGAUGACCUGUGGAUAGAGACUUGGGAAUAUUAUGAAUUGCAAUUAUAAUUGUAAUGUACAAAUUCUCAGUUGCUUAUUCCCUGUUUUUUUUUUGGAGGGGGUAGGUCUAUAUACUCAUACAAAAAAAAUUUUUUUAACUUGUUUUUAAAAGUCUAUGUGUUUCAGUUAAUUUCUGAAGUUAUUUGACUCCAUGAACUUCAUUCUCCAGGACAGAUAUUACAUAACAUGAUAGAUGCAGAUUUAGCCAGGUGUUUUAGAGAUCCUGGUUCUUGGCACACUCAGGUGGGAAGAAAAGUGAGUUCAGGCACACGGAGGAAUCUUACAGCAGCAAGAUGGGGCUGAGUUCCAGUGCUUUGGCCCGAUAAAGACUAGAAAGAGGACCGUUGCCAGUGGACAAGGACACAACUUCAAACUGAUUUUAUUUUUUUGUCCUAAAAAUAUCAAUGUACUCUUCUUCACAUUUUGUUUCUCUCCCCCAGCUUAAAGUUUGCUCUUAGAAAGCAGAACUUAAUUUUGGUAUGGUUUUCUUUAAGAACCAUAAGACUAAAAAAAAAAUGAAAGUCUUAGUUAAGUUGCACCAUUGAGCUGCCUUGAAAAUCACAGCAGGGGGAAGCUCUGAAACUUCUUUCCCACUGUUUUUGAGAUCACCUAAAUUUCUUUAACAUAAUAUGUGGGUAAGAGUAUAAGUAUAUGGAAGUCAUGAGGAAUAUUGAGAAAUUUGAAUGAGAACCUUACAAAAUGGACUAAAAUAAUGCACUCUUGAAAGGUCACCUACUCUGUCCUACUCAACACAGGAACCAGUUUUAAACAUGAUGGGAUGGAAAUUCCAGUGAGCUAGUGGGAGAGGCCCAGAUCUGGCCUCAGCUUUUGAACUUAUUAUUUAUGUGCCCUUGAAUUGUCAGCCUUUGAUCUUCUUAUCUACUGUAUCCCCUUAUCUACUGCAACAAAAGGCUGUUAGGAGAGUCAGGAUCAUGCAUGAGAAAGCAUUUGGAUAUUGUUAAGCACUAUGAAAACAUAAUACAGCAUUAUUAUUACAAAUGGUCCUUAAGACCCGCAUUUUAAAAAUGUCAUGAUAACAAAAAAAUUAGUUGAAACAACUUUUACUAAUACCAAUGAUACGAUUAAAUCAAAAUCUCCCUAAGGUUUUUUCUGUGUGUGCCAUUUGUUUAUGUCCAUAUACCUAGGAGGAAAAUUAUGGGUGGAAAGAAUCAAAUAUAUCUUAAAGUUCAAAAGAGAUUUAUGUAACAGAGAUAAGCUAUGAACUAGUAUAGCCCAAUUUAUCAAAUUAGCCAGAUAGCUUACUUAAUUAUACAGUAUUCCUUAAAAUGUAAAACACACCAGGAAGGAGUCCUAAUGAUGAUAUUAUUUUGUAUUUUUUAUAGGUAUAUUAAAAUCAGACACGUCACAGUUA